AAGAAAUUGCAUCCCCCGUGAUCAUGAACUUAAAAUAGAGACUCUCCCACAUCUCAAUAACACAUGCCCCCCAACCCAAGCGCCCUCCAGCUUAGCUGAGCUGAGCGAAGCCAUGGUUCCAGUCUCUUCUUCCCAAAGCGAGCUGCCUCUCAACGAGAACGACUCCCAAGACAUGGUCAUAUUCCAAGUCCUAAACGAAGCCAAUUCUUUCAAGCCCUCCUUUUCACUCUCGAUGCCGACCGCCACGUCUCCUCUCCGCGGUGCCCUGGAGCCCGGCCGCCCCGCCCCCAAGAAGCACUACAGGGGCGUCCGGCGCCGCCCCUGGGGUAAGUUCGCGGCGGAGAUUCGCGACUCGGCGCGGCACGGCGCCAGGGUGUGGCUAGGCACGUUCGAGACGGCGGAGGAGGCGGCGCUGGCCUACGACCGGGCGGCUUUCAGGAUGCGCGGGGCCAAGGCUCUGCUUAACUUUCCGGCGGAGGUGGCGGCGUCGGAGGUGCGUAGGGUGAGCGGGAGGAGAUUGGACAGGCGUGGAUCCAGCUCGAGUCGAAGUUCGAAUGAGGCUUCGACUGGGAUUUCUCAGUCGGAAUCCGAGAUCACGGUGGAAGAUUUACAGGAAAAUUCAGCUUCAGAUUGCGUAGGCACAAUCUCAAGACUGGUUUAAAUCAAUUCUACUGUAGAAGAAGACCGAAGAUUCGACAAGCAGCUUUAAGGGAAAGGCGAUUGUUGAAGAAUAAGUUUAUUUUGCUGAAUGUAACAUGUUUUAGCACGUCUUUAAUUAUGUACGAGAAUUUUAGUUGAUACAAACCUUAGUAUGUUUUCGAUCAUGUUUGAGACGUUUAGUUAAUGCUUACGAGAGAUAAUAUCCAUGU